CGUUCAGGUUGUUAGACCAGAGACCAGUCAGCGACUCUUCAGCUCCAACUAGCAGGACCACCUCCCGUCAGUGUCUCUGACAACGCUAUAGAUAAAUAUGUCCAAGUUGGAGCAAAUCCUUGUUCUCGAUCCCCCCUGUGACCUCAGAUUUAAAGGUCCCUUCACUGAUGUCAUCACCACCAACCUGAAGCUGAAGAACCCGUCUGAUAGAAGAGUAUGUUUCAAAGUGAAGACCACAGCUCCCAAGAGAUACUGUGUCCGGCCCAACAGCGGCAUCAUCGAUGUAGGUGCUACUGUCACCAUCUCUGUAAUGCUCCAGCCCUUCGACUACGACCCCAACGAGAAGAGCAAACACAAAUUCAUGGUCCAGAGUAUCUUUGCUCCUCCUAAUGUGGCUGAGAUGGAUGCAAUGUGGAAAGAUGUGAAACCUCAUGACCUCAUGGAUUCCAAGCUGAGAUGUGUAUUCGACCUGCCUUCUGAAAACAAUGAAGUGAUCGACGUGGAGUUGAGCAGCAGCGCGACGGCUCCCGUGCAGAACUCGUCCAAGGCUUCUCCCGUGCAGAACUCGUCCAAGGCUUCUCCCGUGCAGAACUCAUCCAAGGCUUCUCCCGUGCUGACAGCGGCGAAGACCGCCAGCGUCUCGACCAACGGCUCCGAGAUGAGGAAACUAACAGAGGAAUGCAGGAGACUUCAGGCUGAGAUGGACAAGCUGACCGGCGAAAACCGUCAACUCAAGGACGACGGUGUUAGAAUGAGAAGGGCUGCCCAGCGUUCUGACCACAUGACAUCAAACCAGACGGGCUCCUCCUCCUCCAUGAUGCAACAGACGACCGCCGCCUCCCUCCCCGCUCUCCUCGUUGUCAUAGCAGCCGUCUUCAUCGGAUUCUUCAUCGGGAAGUUCAUCUUGUAAACUGGAGCUGGCUCUGAAAUGACACCUUAUUUUCUAUUUUGUGCACAAUUUUUUGUUGUUGUUGAGCAGAACCGAUAGGGAGUCCCAUAGGGGCCACUGGUUCAAAGUAGGGCACUACAUAGGGAAUAGGGUGCCAUUUCGGACAGCGCGCCCUGGGAGACGCAAGACGCCUGCCGUAUCUAAUGACAAACCCUCGGCUCCUGAAUCAAAAGGCCGAAAGGGUGGAACUGACUAACCAAGAAGGAAAAGACUUUGUGUUGACUUUGCCAUAUCAGAAGUAGUGCUCUGUCUGUACAGCCCCCACUGCCUUUCUACAAGCCUUUACACAUGGUUAGUGUACACACAGAGGAGAGAGAGGAAAGGAAAGGAAGGAAGGAAGAUAACGAAAAAGAUGGUUCCGUUUUAGUUUUUUUCUGCUUUGUUUUUGAUGGAUGGACAGACAGCCUAAGUGCAAGGUAUGAGAUGGACGUACCAAAUAGCACCUUAUUCCCUGCAUAGUACACUACUUCUAAUGGUCCUGGUCAACAGUAGUGCACUACCCAAGGAAUAGGAUGCCUUUUGGGGACACACAGGAAGUGGUACACUAUCAAUCAACACAGAGGACAGUUUAUGACGUGCCUAGGCCCUGUUAGAGUACUUUAACGCACCGUUCCUACCUUACGAGGUAAGCAUAGCUCCAUUAGUGGUUAGAUCGGUGAAAAGACCCCCCUAUUACUUUAUCCAAUUCAGAUCUGUGAUUCCUUCAAGGAAGAUGGGUAGGAAGGAACUUAUGCAUGAUGGGUAGGAAGGGAACUUAUGCAUGAUGGGUAGGAAGGAACUUAUGCAUGAUGGGUAGGAAGGAACUUAUGCAUGAUGGGUAGGAAGGAACUUAUGCAUGAUGGGUAGGAAGGAACUUAUGCAUGAUGGGUAGGAAGGAACUUAUGCAUGAUGGGUAGGAAGGAACUUAUGCAUGAUGGGUAGGAAGGAACUUAUGCAUGAUGGGUAGGAAGGGAACUU